AUGUACCAGGAUGUGAUGACAGAGACCACAGCGUCAGUCGGGAAGAUCUUCAGCCAACUGAAUCUCGAUGCAGCAUUCGGGGCUGGUACCCGGGAGCUUCUGGAUUCGACCCUUGAGGAAUUCACUGGGCUGGAGACGAGGGACGAGUGGGAGAUGUGCUGCUUUUGCUGCAUCCUAUGCUGUCAUACAGGUACCGCCUGUAUGGACUGCUGCAUGGAUCUCUCUUACGACCGCCGCCACCGACGCCAGUAUUCCUUGGCAGAGGCGCCGCAGCAGGAAGCGAUGGAAGACGACAAGCCAAAGCAAAGUCUGUUGGAGCGCAUUGCCAGCCUGACUUCGGAAGACCUCAGCAUUGCUCUUCGCCGAGUCAUGAGCUGCCAAGCGUACAAUUGCAACCUAGGCAGUGAGGAGUGGACUGCACAGGAGCGUCUGGGAUUUUGGCUCUUUGAGAAGAAAUUUUCAGAGCCUGAGCGUUUGUCUCUGGAGAAGUGCAUGGAAGAGGUGAAAGCAGCGGCGCCUGAACUUCUGGAAAAGGCCCACAUAAAUGCGACGGAAGCCGAGCACAAGAUGAAAUCUCAGGAUGCCAAGGCCUUGGCCAAAUUCAUCAAGCUCUUUGCUGCCACAGCGGUGGCCAAUCACGGCGCCGCAAUUGCUGCGGAGGGCCUCAGCGCACUGAACAUUGGGGCCUGUGAGAAGGUGCUUUGUGCUGGCGACCUCAAGUACGAGCUUGACCCGACGGGCCUGCAUAAAUGUACCUGGAGCUGCCCGGCUGCUGAUGUGGGGGCCGCUCCCAUGAUCCCCACCCAAUUUCAGUCCGUCGGAUUGUCACUAGCCGAGCAGGUGCAAGAGGUUGAACCUUUGCGCCAAGAAGUCGCUGAUGCCAUUGAUGCCGCUAAUGAGACAGAGAAGUUGCAUAGCGAAGAGGACUUUGAAAAAUCGAAGGCUUGGGCAAUGAUUAGAAAACUGAAGGUUGAUUUCCAUCAAGCCAUCAACGGAGACCCGCUGGUGCUUCUCAAGACGGGCAGCCCCUCCGAGUUGGGUCAUGCCAAGCCAAAUGCUGUGCGAUACCACGGCCGCUGUGCUCCUGAUGUGUACUACGAGGGAGAGCGGCUCAUCUACACGGGGAGUAAUAAGGACAUUCCCCACGGGGCCGUGGUCAAGAUCAUGCGUGUGGCUGGAGGGUGGUUGUUUUCAGUCCCUGCUGGCCAUGUGGAAGUGAAGUACCUCGGGAAGAAGGUCAUCGUGCCAUCCUCGGAGGUCAAGCGUCAAGCCAUGGGGAAGGUGAAGAUUGAUGAGGGGCUCCAAGACUGGCUCAUGAGCACGGGCAACAGCCUGCAGGUGCAGAUGCCUGCGAAGCAUGACCCCAGCAGGCAGGAAGUCGCGGAUACCAUGUGGUUCCCUGUUUCCCGCAAGGACAAGGGUGAGUAG